AUGAGCUCUCCCGACCCUAGCGCGGCAACUGCGACCGCGACCGCCUCGACCUCCUUCCUCAACCUCGAUGCCCUCUUGAGCAACCCCAUCUUCGCUGGCGGCAUCGGGAUCGCUGGCUUGGGCCUCGCUGCGGCCCAAGCCCGCAAGGGCAUCAUCGUCGCCGCCGGCGCAGCCCGCCGCAGCCUCCUCGUAAACGUCGAGAUCAGCAAGCAGGACCCGGCGUACCCGUGGGUUCUCGCAUGGCUGUCGCAGCCCCGCGAGAGCGCCGGGUUCCUGGCCUCGCGCAUCACCCGCAUCCACGACCUCUCCGUCUCGACGACGGCCACGACGAGCCGCGGCGCAUCGGGCCCCACGAACGCGCACUUCUUCCUGCAGCCGGGAUACGGGAGGCACAUCGUCAAGCACAAGAAUGCCUACAUCGCGGUCAACCGCGAGAAGCACAACACUGCCAACAUGAACACCGGCGAGCCGCACGAGAUCCUGCAGCUUACGACCCUCUGGGCGCAUCGGCACGUCUUCGAGGAGGUGUUCGGGGAGGCGCACGCGCUCGCGGCCAAGGCGAACGAGGGCAAGACGAUCGUGUACUCUGCGAGGGGCAUGGAGUGGGCGCCGCUCGGCGAUCCUCGGAAGAAGCGGCCCCUGGGCUCGGUGAUACUGGACGAGGGCGUUAAGGAAAGCAUUGUCGGCGACGUUCGGGAGUUCUUGGAUCAGCAGCAGUGGUACGUCGACCGCGGUAUUCCGUACCGUCGAGGCUAUCUUCUCUUCGGGCCUCCCGGCAGUGGAAAGAGUUCCUUCAUCCAGUCGCUGGCCGGAGAGCUGGACUAUAGCGUGGCCAUGAUCAACCUCAGCGAAAUGGGCAUGACGGAUGACAAGCUGGCGUACCUCCUGACGAAACUGCCCAAACGGAGCCUACUUCUGCUCGAGGAUGCCGACGCAGCCUUUAUCAACCGUCGCCAACGCGACGGGGAUGGCUACAGCGGCGCCAACGUCACCUUCUCGGGUCUUCUGAAUGCCCUCGACGGUCUUGCGGCAGGCGAGGAGCGCAUUGCCUUCCUCACGACGAACCACAUCGAGCGCCUCGACCCCGCGCUGAUCCGCCCCGGUCGCGUCGACAUGAUGAUGCGCAUCGGUGAGGCGACGAGGUACCAAGCCGGCCAGAUGUGGGAUCGCUUCUACGGCGACGUCGAUACGGAUGGGUCUGGUCGUGAGCGUUUCUUGAACAGACUUGACGAACUGGGCCUGUUUGGCAAUGGCGAGGGCGAGGCCGCGAACAGGUUCACGAGCACCGCUGCCAUCCAGGGCCUGUUCCUCUUUAACAAGACUGAUAUGGAAGGUGCGAUUAACAUGGCUGAGGGCCUGAUCCCUCGCAAGUUUGAGGCGGGAGAUGCCAUUCCCGAGGGCGCUAUUAAGACGAAGGCUUGA